AUGUCAGGAAACCCAAGAGGCCGCGGCAGUGGCCGUGGUGGAGAGUCAGGUGGUCGUGGAGGUGGCGACCGCGGCUCCAGCAGAGGAGGACGUGGCGGAGAUCGAGGUGGCCGCGGAGGAGCCUCAGGGGAGCCAGCACCAGCGCCAGAUGCCAGAGUACAUAAAGCUGAAGACGAUCUGGUCAAAGAGACCAAAGGCAAGAUCAUCGACGGCUUUCCCGGACGUCCAGGUUAUGGAACUCAGGGCAAGCAGAUCGUCCUCCGCGCGAACUACUUCGUGAUUGCCACUGCCUUCGAGCAAAAUCUGACAGAGCAACCUCUUUACCGGUACGAGUUGAGUGUCAGCGGCGAAGUCAGCAAACCGAAGAGGCGUCAAAUAUUCGAGGAGGUGCUGCUGCAUCCAGUUUUGAAAGACGUGGGUUGGGGAACAGACUAUGCCACUAUCCUUGUCACCACGAAAGAGUUGGACAUAAAGAAACAUAUGGGCGGAAGUUCGGAAAUGAAGAUCACACUCUCUCGCCCAGGCGGCCAGCAGCAGCAACAGCAAGAAAAUCCGCCGGAUUUCGUGCAAGAGGCGAGAAGACGGAAUACGUUCUUGGCCAGUCUGAACUACCAGGGUUCGUUCAACCUCCGCCAAAUGAUCGAAUAUCUUCGCAGUCCUUCCGCUGGAGCCAUGUACCAAGGCAGCGCAGACCUCAUUCAGAUGCUGAACAUCAUCGUCGCUAAACCGCCGAACAGCUCGCCGACUGUCCGCAAUAUCGGCCAAAACAAGUUCUAUCCAUUCCACGGUCAUCCUGGCAUGGAGAGCGCCAAUCUCGGUGCAGGCUUGGAAGCCCUUCGAGGCUACUACUCCUCCGUUCGGCCCACUGUUGGCCGCAUGUUGUUGAACUUGAAUGCUACCAGUGGAGCCUUCUUCAAGCCGAUGCGUCUCUUUGACCUUAUUGCAGAAUUUGGAGGCGGCAAACCACUUGAUCAGAUCGAGGCAUUCAUCCGCAUGCUCAAAGUCGAGGCCAAGUACGUCAAAGAUGGUCAGACCAAGCCAUUCAUGGUGAAGACCAAGAGCAUCGUUGGAUUUGCGAGGUCGAUCGGGAAAGUCAAGGUCAAGCGAUUCGGCAACGCCCGCGAGGUCAAGUUCAGCUUCGAGGACCGAAGCAAGCCUGGCUCGUCCGCGCAGGAGAUCUCUGUCUUUGAUUACUUCAAGCGUCAUCACGGAAUCACUCUCCAGUCGCCAGACCGCCCGGUCCUCAACGUCGGUACCCCCGGAGACCCGCAAUAUCUACCAGCCGAGCUCUGCACGGUGCUUCCUGGCCAAGCAUAUCGCCGCCUCCUUUCAGGAGAUCAGACCACUGAGAUGCUCGGGUUCGCCGCACGUUUCCCGAACUUGAACGCCAUGUCUAUCGCUGGAACUCCGCAGACCCCAGGCACAGCCUUGCGUCUGCUACGUCUCGCAGACCCUGCCGGCAGUGGAGAUCCUCAGACUGGAUCAGUCAAGCCGUUCGGGAUUUCGGUGAGCACGAAGAUGAUCACUGUUCCUGGCCGGAUCCUCGCUGCUCCUCAAAUCAAGUACGGAAACAAAUCUCUGAACCCGAGAUCUGGAUCCUGGAACUCCGCGAAUCAGCGCUUCGUCAAGCCAGGAAAAUUUGAUGGCUGGCAGGUGGUUAUCUUGAACGUCCGUGGCAAUCGUGGCAAUGCAUUGGUGCCAGAACCGACACAAUACCAGCCAGACAUCUCUCGGCCGGCAAAGCUCAUCGAUGACUUCGCCAAGUUCCUCAAGGAUUACGGCAUCCAGAUGGGCACACGUCAUUCGACUCAGGAGCAUCUCUUGGAGCCUCUGACAAUGCAGAAUCGUGAGCAGAACGAUAAGCAGCUCAAGCAGAUCUUUGCCAAUGCCGAUGCCAAGAGAGCGGCUAUGAUGCUGGUCAUCCUCCCUGCCAACGACAAAUGGCUAUAUGCCAGACUCAAAUUCCACGGUGAUAUCACGUACGGCAUUGGCACGGUCUGCGCUGUUGGAAGCAAGAUGCAGAAGCCCAACGGGCAAGGCAUGUAUUUCGGUGAGUUCGAUCAACUUGCCUUGAAAUUUAACACGAAGGGAGGUGGCGUCUCUCACAGCGUCAACAAUGUCAUUGCGCCCGUCGACAAGAACACCAUGAUCGUCGGCAUCGAUGUCACUCACCCAUCGCCCGGAAGCUCAGAAGGCGCUCCGAGUAUUGCCUGCAUGGUGGCAAGUACCGAUUCCCAGAUGUUCGCGUGGCCCGGAAGCAUCAAAACUCAGAAGGGUCGCCAGGAAAUGGUCGACGGCAUUGAGCAGAUGAUGAAUGAGCGUCUGGAUCUCUGGCAGAAGCACAACGGCAGCAAGCUUCCGACGAAGAUUAUCAUCUACCGUGAUGGCGUCUCCGAGGGACAGUACAUGACUGUUCUGAAAGAAGAGCUACCAGGCAUCGAGAAGGCUUUCACGACCCGCUACGGCGCCAAAGCAAAGCAUCCUAAGCUGGCGAUCAUCAUUGUCGGGAAGCGACACCACACACGAUUCUACCCCACCCGCGAACAAGACGCCGACUACGAUCCUCAGAGACAAAAGGGGAACUGGAACCCUCUGCCUGGAACCGUUGUCGACCGCGGAGUUACUAGCAAGAUUCUGCGCGAAUUUUACCUCCAGGCACACCAAGGUCUCCAAGGAACCGCCCGUCCCGCUCAUUACGUUGUCAUCAAAGACGAGAUCUCCUUCGAAGCCGAUCAGCUCGAGCAGUUCACCCACCAUCUCUGCUAUCUCUUCAACCGCGCGACCAAGGCCGUCUCAAUCUGUCCUCCAGCAUACUACGCCGACUUGCUGUGUGAGCGCGGAAGGAGUUAUCUCUUCACGGCGCUGGCGGAGAAUAACACCAGCGAAUCUAAGGCGUUCGAUUCCAGCACGAGCUGGAGCGGUGAAAUCCAUCCCAAGAUCAAGAACACGACUUGGUAUGUUUAG